UCAAAGGGCGCGCUCGUCCUCGCUACACACAGCGGAUAUAAUCAGGAUUUGUCCCUGGGUUCUGCCACUGCCGCGGCGCCUCACGACAGUUGUUACCUGAGCCCGCUGUUUACUGCACGGGAUUCGUCAUGGAGUAUUGAACUUACUCGUGCCGAUCACUUGUAUCAAAGACCGGCGCUUGUUCUCUACACAGAGAGGAAUACGGAUAGAAAGAGUGGCCGAGAAGGAGGAAGAGAAGCUUAAAAACUAUGGAUCAAGGAAUUAACGAUUCAGCGGAGUCGGUGACGACCGGCGGACCAAACAGAAACAGCGAGCCGAGCGGUGGAGGGGAUCAAGAACCUGAGGUAAUUGGGACUAGUGAGGGGAGCCAGGUAGAACGAGGCGCGGUCUUCUCCAACGGUUUAGGUCUCACAGCCGGGCCUGAGUGUGCUUCAUCUGGUGCUGUGGACGGUUUGGGCUUUAGUAACAUUGGUGACUUGAUAGGUCAAACGCCUGGACAGAAGGAUUUUCUCUCUCGGAAUCAACAGUUUGUUCCUGAAGGAGGGCAAGAAACUGUGUGUGAAACGAACAAAGUGUGUAGUGAAAACAGUGAUGACGAUAGCAGUCUUAGAGGAUUUACUCACAGGGUUUCCAGUUUUGUAACAAACAGUGAAGUACUUCCGAAAAUUGUGACGUCCUCUCAAAAUGUUGUACCUCCUCAGAUACACCGAACAUCAACCGCACCUCUGUCCACUUCAUCAUCAGCACAAGUAGCAUCAGCAACCACUUCGACAACAAACACUUCAGCACUCCCCACUCUGAAUCUCAACUUGACUCUCCCUCCCGUUCGAGCGACCAUCACGCAGGGAUUCGGCGUCAAAAUGGUGGCCACCUCCUCCUCCCAACAACUCAUCUACCGCAGCGUCCCCCCACGCCCCCUCAGCUACACACUCACAGACGUCCUUGAGGUGAGAGGACCUCGUGGGGGAAAGCUCAGGUCGAAGACGGCGCCAGUGUCCACCAACGCCCCUGAGGAGUAUGCCCAGAGGUUCAAAUCCCGGCCCACGACCAGGCCCCGAGUCAUUGAGUUUGACGGGUCGGCCGUGAGCUCCAAGUCUCAGAGAGCCAUGCAGAACACCAGCACGGGCUUCCCGACAGCCAGAGCCAGGAUAUACAUCGGACACCCCAAGACAAAGUCGCCAGUGGACAGCCCUGACG